AUGGCUUCACUCGAGAACAUUACAGAAUUGCUUCAAGAUUUCUCUUUGUUGUCUGGUUUAUCCAUGAACAAAGAUAAAACAGAUCUAUUCUUAGCAGGAGUGAACCAGGAUGAAACCUCACGCAUUGGCACACUUGGUUUCAACCUCGGCUCACUUCCUAUUCGCUACCUUGGUCUUCCCCUGACGCAUAGAAAGCUUCGAAUCUAUGAUUACAGACCUCUGUUAGACAAGAUCUCAGCUAAGUUUUCCUCUUGGUUGGCCCGUGCUCUUUCUUACGCGGGGAGAAAAGCUCUGAUUACAUCGGCUAUCUAUGGCAUUGUCAACUUCUGGGCAUCUGCGUUUAUACUGCCAAAAGGUUGCAUCAAGAGCAUUGAGAGUAUGUGCUCCAGAUUUCUUUGGUGCGGUGAUAUCACUAAGAAACCAGCUGUUAAAGUUGCAUGGCAUUCUCUGUGUUUACCGCAUGAGGAAGGAGGCCUAGAAUGGAUGCGGAACAACAAGAUAAAAGAUGGGGUCUUCUGGCAAAUUGAUGCGAAGAAGCAAACGUCAUGGACCAGGAAAACUCUCCUUCAAUUGCGGCCCCUAGCUCUACAAUUCUUACGAUGUAAAGUGGGAAAUGGCAGGAAGGUAACGAAGAGACUGGGAUAUAGGCCUUUUGUCUUUCACACCUGGACUGCUCUUUCAGCGUGGCUAGACAGGAAGGACUCCACUUCUUCGAUAAAUCUCAGGCGUCUGGUGGCUCAAGCGGUUCUAUACACUAUCUGGACUGAGAGGAAUGCUCGACUUCACAACAACAUAGCAACUUCAGCACAUAUCCUCUUCAAGCACCUGGACAGAUAA